UUGUUGCGAACAAAUUUUUUUUUGUUUUUGUACUUGUGUUUGGAUCAAUCAAAAAUGGUUCGAUUUGUUUAUCCGAAAAUGUUUCACAUUAUCAACAUUAUCAUCGUGUUUGAUUUCAGUUUAUUGAUCAUCGAUACUGCCACUGGCAACAACAACAAUAAUAAUAAUAUCCGUUGUGAUCGUUUUGAUGAUAUGUUCAAUGAUUUUACAAUGGUUUCAUCAAAUCGAAGACAAUUUCCAACCACUAUUGAUGAAUUUGUUAAAUAUUGCAAAAAAAAUAGUGAUCUUGCCAAUCAGAUUUCACAAUCAAUAAAACAAUGUUUCAAUGAUAGUUCAAUGCGUAAUAUUGCAUCAUUAGUAUUAUAUUCAUAUCGAUCACGAACAAAAUCAUUAUGUAAAAAUCGUAAUAGUAAACGUGCACGUGAAUAUCGUGAUGCAGCUCCAUGUUUGAAUCAAUAUAAACAUCGUUUAUCACGUUGUAUUGAUAUAACGGCCAAUAAAAUUGGUGCCAUACAAUCAAGACCGAAUAAUUUAAAAUUUCCACAUCUCUGUUGUGAAAAUUUACAAUUUCAACGAUGUAUCGAUAAAAUAUCGGCCGGUGAUUGUAAACAGAAAAUAAUGGUUUUUGCUGAAUCUGCACAAUCCAUCAUGAAUGGUUUCAUUGAUCGUAGCUGUGGUGAAUAUAAUGCCGAUACUGAUCGUUGUGAUCAAUUAGAACCAAUAGUAACGGCUGAAUUGAAUAAAUCAUCUAAACCAAGUUUUGUACGUAAUGUUGCUGAAUUAAUUUCAUCGAUCGAAUGAGAACCAUUGACCAUCAGCAUCACAAAUAAUCAAUCCGAAUUAUAAUGACCUAUUGUAUAUUUAUAUAAAUAAUCAAUCAAUGAAUUUUAAUAAAGAAAAAUUAAUUACCACAUAUAUCAUUUAAUGGCAACA